AUGGAGCACGAGAAGCAGAUCGCCGCCACAGCUCGCACUGGAACCCAGUCGGUGAACUCUGGAGUCUCGGUACUGCAAACCCUCCAAAAUGAGAAUGACGCCCUUCGAUCAGAGAUGCUGCGGUUGAAGCAGCGCAAAGCGCACAUGCAGCGGCAGCUAAAUGACUUGCGUGCGGUGGCAGAGCGGAUGGUGAGGGAGGCGGCAAUGUCGAGCAAGGAGCAAGUGCGUGCUCUGGAAGAGCGUUGCCGACUGCUCGCAGAUCGGCUUGUUGGAUCGAAGCGGGAGGAGCAGGUGGCCGAGACGGCACGCGUAAGCUUUCUCUUGCGCUCGCAGAUUGAGGAGCGUCGGUUCCUGAAGCGCGGAUUGGAGGCGAUGCAGGAGGUUCUGGCCGGUGCGGGCGGCAGCGCGGCGUCUGCAUCCAGGAGUGACCAACCCUCCACCAACGCUUCUACUCGUCCAAAGGACAAGGAGUCGGAGGGAGAAGUGCACAUGGGGGACCUGCACCGUUUGAUGAUGACCGUCUCAGGCUCCCUGCACGCCCAUACAGCUUCCGCAAAGCUCGAGAAGGCGCGCAUUCGGCUGACUCUCGAACAGGCUUCCUCGCUUCUAGAAGAGCUGCACGACGCCGUAGAAGAUGCGACGCGCGCUGCUUUCGACGCUGCUGCUCAGGCCAGUGCUGCCUGCGACGCUGGCACCACAUCGCCGGCUGGUGGUGACGUUUUUCAACUCUCGUCGGUGCUGAUGGCUCCCUGUGGGGCGCCUGCCAGCGCAGUGCAGAACGCCAGUGGGUUCACUCCUGGUCACCGUGGUGGUGGGCACAACGGCCACCUUGCCGGCUCUGCCGACGCCGCCUCGUCUCUUCGCCACCAAGGUGCGGGAGCCUCUCCACUCGCUUACUCAAUGAUGAUGCCGUCGUCAUUCGCGCAACUUAGCUUGGAGCUGGAGUGGGUGUGCGACGUGCUGAAGGCUUGUAUGAAGGGUACAGCGGAGGUACACGCACUCAUUGGCGCCGCUGCGGAGGGUCUCAAGGCUCCGCUGUCGCUGUUACAGCGACGCUGCGACGCGGGCGACUGCUUCUCGACGACCGAGCAAGUACCUCUGCUGCCGUCAGCAGCCAGUCCAGAAAUGAACGCGCUGCUCCGCAGUUUUUUCGAGGAUCUCUGGACUCUCAAGCAACAGGCCGCCCGACAGCAGGAGGGCAUGGCGCGACAGCUGGCGCAAGAGGUGGAGCGGCACUUCCAGUCGACGCAGCAGUACGAGGAGCGCGUAAAGCUGCUCGAGGCUGAGUGUGCUCGGCUGCUCUUUUACGUGGAGCGGCAGGCGGCGCGGAGGCCGGGAAUAGAUGCGACGACACAGACCUCUUUCCGUCAGAACACAACAGUUUCCACGACCCUCAUGCCGGCCUUGGUGCCCGUCCAGGAUACCUUUGUCACACCAGAGCGCUACGUAGCGAGUCGCGAUGUGGCGAAGCUGUCUGAGAGGAGAAGCGCUCGGCCUCCACGAAAGUCUUCGGCGGCGACAUCGCGCGUGCUUCUCGCUGGGCAGCGGACCCCUCCUCGGGUAAGUAGCCCGUUAGGGCCCAAGGAGGCGCAGCAUGCGGCCCUUCCCUCCUCGGCUGGCCGCACCACGGAGGUUGAUGACCCGGCGCACGCGAACCACGACACCACGCCGCGCUACUUUCAGAAGAGCCUCUCGUUUAGCCGGCCCUCCUCACCCGCGAAACAGUCGCGCGCCACCGCGCCUAACGUUCCGUCUCCCGCGGCGUCUGAGAUUAGGUCUGCGUAUAGGGAUAGAAAGGUCACGCUGCAACGCCGCGCUUUAGAGGCCCUGCGGUCACCGCCGCGACCUCACUCUCAACUGCUCUCUCCUGCGCCCCCUCCUGCGCAUCCAAAUGCCCUCACCACCACUAGCGCCUCGACUGCCCCCGCACACAGUCUCUCUCCGCGGCGGCGCUCGACGACGGUGUCCAUGCCGUCGCGAUCGCGAGGCACGGCACCGUUUUGGCCCGGCUCCUCGACAGCAACGCAUUCCUCUGCGUCGUUCACGUCCAAAAGGCGUUCUCCAGUGCGUCCCGGCAACGCCGGGGACAGCUUGGUGUCGCCGCACAACCACACGCACACCGCUGCUGCCUCUCUUCCCUCUGCAGAGCCGUGGCCUGCCAUCGCGACUGCCGCCGUGCCGCGAGACUCUACCCCUUCUCCCUCUGGCACCUCCGUCGCCACUCCCCGUCUAGGGCGCGAGACGAGUCGUCACAGCACCCAUUUAUCACAGCAGAUUUACGGUGAGGCAGCCGCCGACGUUUUCUCCUUCCACUCUGCCACCUUCGGCGGCGCUCACUCGGCACUGUCAUCGGUCCGGCGCCUUCAGUCAGAGUCUUCGCGGCUGAGCGACGUUGGUGGCACUGCAGAGGUGCAGACACCGUCCCCUCGGCAGCCAGUGCGGCUCUCAUUGCACCUCAACCGCGCUUCGCCUGGUGAGGCCGCCGCGCUGAGGACUGCACGGCAGCUUCACACCCCGCCCUCUCCUGUCUCGGCGGUACUGUCGGGGCACGUCCUUGGAGACGGUAGCAGGGUGGACAUCUCGCGACAGGCGGAGACGUCGAGCACCCCUCCGAUUUGGCGUCGUAUCAAGGAGGAGGCGUCCUUUCAACUCCAACAUCUACCCUCGCCUAUUGCCAGCGGUGACGCCUCCUCGUUGUUCGGCACACCUCGCGAAGUGCCGUGA